AUGGAGUUUGUCACUGGCUACCGGGCAGAGAUCCUCGACUUUGCCGAGCUGCUUUUUGGCUGGUACCGGCGGUUCCUCCUGGACUCGGCAUGCCGCCAUGGCAGUGAGCGACGCAAGCGGCAGGAAGGCUCCAUCCUGCGCCUGCCCCUGGAUCCAGCCCUCUGGGUCUUGCAUGUCUUGCCCAACAGAGCCUUGGCCUUCACCGUCACUGACCCAGGACAGCAGCUGGGUGGGCGCCUCUACAGCGAGGAGGCCCUGGCACUGCGGGACCUGGACCGCUUCAUUACCUUUGUGGGCGCAGGCGAGGAGGAAGAGGAUGCCACACCUGAGACAGGGCAACUGCUUCGGCGUGUGGAUCACCUUCUGCUGGUGACGGAUGAGCAUGGCACGAUCAUGGGCUUUGACUUCUUGCUGGGGGGGUCCUUGGGGGCUGCGGUGGGGGGGCAUGUGCCCCUGGAGCCCCACGCCUUUGCUCUUCUCUGCCACAGCAUGAUCUGCCCACUGGGGGCUGGGGAGCCCCGCCGGCCCAAGCUGCUCGUCGUGGGAGACUCUGCCUUGCACAAGUCCCUUGAGUCACUGCUUUCCAGGCUGGGCGUGAAAAUGAGCAAGGGGCCAAUGAGGGGCUGGGGCCCAAAGCCAGCAUUCACAUUCCCGACCACGCGUGUGCGAGCCUGCCACGUCUGCAAGCGGCACAGCUUUGAGGGGCAAGUCGCAGCAUGCCAGCACUGCCGGGCUGUCCUGUAUUGCUCUGAGCGCUGCCGCAAGAUGGACUGGAAUCGCAGCCCCGAGGACAUCGGGCACCAGUUUUGGUGCCAGCGCAUGGCUGGGUACAUGAAUCACACUCGGGAGCUUGCCAACUUGCCCUUCACUUUUGCAGCAGAGGUGACCAGCGAGACCUUCAACAAGGAGGGGUUCCUCUCUGCCAGGGGUCUGACCCGGGGCUACUGGGCUGGGGAGAGUAUGCUGGUGAGAGCCCCCGACUACGGCGUGGGACUGCAGGGGGCCUCCGAGAAGCCGGUGGCCUUCCUGCAAAGCGGUAACCCCUUUGAGGCGCUGCGACCGGAAGGAGGGACAGCUCUCCCACCAGCCCCCCCAGAGCCCCCCACGCCCCGGAUGUUCUUUGGUUCAUGGAAAGAAUAUUACCAGUGGCGGGGGCUGCCCCUCGGAGCCCCCCUGGCUGUCAUCCUGAGCUACCCCCUUACCACAUACUACAUCAUCACCCAGCUGGCCCCUCAGCACUUUCCCGAGCUGAACAUCUUAAACAAACAGUCCCUCAAGAUCCACGUGGUGGAAGCAGGCAAAGAAUUUGGGGUCCUGAUGGUCUUCUGGGAGCUGUCUGUCCUGCUCCCCCACGUGUCGCUGGAGCUGCUCUUUGUGGGCGACACGCUGCCCCCGGAACUGGACGGCCAGCAGUUCCUCCUGCAGAGAGAUGAGGAGCAAGGUGUUUCUGUCCGGCCUGGGCUGGCCCCCAGAUCCAAGGGGGGCCGCCGUGAGCUGCAGUUGGGCUUCAGUGCCCGCCCGUACCACCUCUUGCAAGCCCCCAAACCAGACCUGGUCAUUGGGUUCAACUCUGGGUUCGCCCUCAAGGAAACAUGGCUGAGUUCUCUACCCCGACUUCAGUCGCUCCGAGUGCCAGCCUACUUCACCGAAUGCAGCGAAUACAGCUGUGCCGUGGAUGAGGCCGCUGUCUCCAUGGCAACGGGGGGCAGCGCCAGCCCUGCCCAGAUCAACCCCUUCCGCUCACCUUUCCGACAAGCUGGCAUCGACAACGCCAUGCCUUGGUACUCCAACGCCUUCAUCUUCCACCUGAUCUACAAAGCAUCCUCAGCUAACAGUCAUCGGCAGAUUCCUGCCCCUCCCCCACAGCCCCUGCCUGCCAAUGGGAACAUGGACCCACCGGAGCCGGCCCGGAGCCGGCGCAAGGAGAAGAGGCAGAUCCGUGCAGCAGGGCGCCGGCGGAAGUGAAGGGGCAGGGACAGGGCGGGGGUGGGGGAGA